AGAUGGCGCCGCAUCAUGUACUAAAGUGCUGUCAACGGAGUUUAGCUUGGAUACCUGUUAUUUUCAUCAACCUGGUCGUUGGCUGGUCUUAUUAUGCAUACGUCGUGGAACUCUGUAUCUUUACAAUCCCAAAUAAUGCAGAAAAAAUAUCAUACCUGGUUGUCUUCCACCUGUUCUUCAUCAUGUUUAUCUGGUCCUACUGGAAGACUAUCUGCAGUAGGCCUGCCAGCCCCUCUAAAGAGUUUUGUCUGGCCAAAGUGGAGAAGGAGCAGUAUGAGAAGGAGCAGCCAGACGCUCAGCAGGACAUCCUGAAGAAAGCGGCCGUAGGAUUGCCUGUCUACACACGCACUGGGACCGGAGCCGUCCGGUACUGUGACCACUGUCAGGUGAUCAAACCCGACCGCUGCCACCACUGCUCCACCUGUGACAUGUGUGUACUGAAGAUGGAUCAUCACUGUCCAUGGGUGAAUAACUGUGUUGGAUUUUCGAACUACAAGUUCUUUGUCUUGUUUCUGGCCUACUCCAUGCUGUAUUGUGUGUUUAUCGCUGCUACUGUCCUGCAGUAUUUCAUCAAAUUCUGGACAAAUCAGCUGCCCGACACUCACGCCAAAUUCCACGUGUUGUUUCUGUUUUUUGUGGCGGCAAUGUUCUUCAUCAGCAUCCUGUCGCUUUUCAGCUACCAUCUCUGGCUUGUGGGAAAGAACAGGACCACCAUAGAGGCUUUCAGGGCUCCUGUCUUCAGAAAUGGCCCAGACAAAAAUGGCUUCUCUCUGGGCUUCAGUAGGAAUGUGGUGGAGGUGUUUGGAGACCAGAAGAAGUACUGGAUGUUUCCCAUCUACACCAGUCAUGGUGAUGGACACAGUUUUGCCACCCGGUUGCUGACCUUAGAUCCUGAGCAAAUAGCUGUGGGCCUCCAGAUCAACGGCAAAAGCUCUGAAGAUGGUCUGGCAAGCCCCAAGCACGUCCUUGGCAACAACAUUAACCACAUUGAGGGCCAUCAGGAUGACGUAGCCCAGACGGUAACUGUGACAAUGGAGCGUGAAUCAUAGACAGAGCUGGAUGUCUUUGGUGUGGCUCUGUACUCCAUGCUGACCCUCAUGUCUACGCUGUCCCUGCUGCUAUACCUGGAGGAGUGUGUGUUUAUCUAUAGAAAAGUCC